GAGAGAGAGAGAAUGAGAAAGAGAAGUAGUCUUCAGUUUGGCCGAUGCUAAUGAAAAAAGCACAUCGGUUAUUAUAUGAGUCGUAUUAGUGUAUACAUACAUGUUUUAAUCUCAGUUAACUUCAUCAUUGUUUGAAUCUCUCAUCUGAUUCUUAACGCGAAGGACCAUCCAAUUGAAUGAAAAAGAAUGGAGAAGAUGUUCAUAUUUAUCCAAAAAUGUCGAGACUCGCUCCAUCGACGUGACAACAAAGAACAAUUUGUUUCUCUCUGUCGUUAAAUGAUGAUCGUUAUUGAAUGAAAAUGUCGUUAAACGCCUACAUCCUUGAGUUUCCAGCGAGUUUCGUCCUAUCGAAAUUGUUUUCAGCAUUAAAUCGCAGCUUUCUUUCAAUAUUAUUCGCGCGGAGCAGUGACGAGUGCAAAGUAGUCGUCAUCGCCAACGAUUUUGUUCUUUCCUUCGACGAUCGACGACAAUUAGAUCUCGACUUUGUAUCUUGUAUCUCGAAAACGAUAUCAGAGACAUGAUGCGAUGAGAAAGAGCGAAAGAUGUAUUUAGAUAUUUGUUGGAAAUGAUCGUGCCGUCGAUGCAAAAAAGUUUGUUGGGGCUAACAGUGUUGAUGAUUGUUGGCGUAACGACCUUCCUAUUCAGCAGGAAGCUCAUACUGGAGACGCGCAGGCGGGACAGUUUGCUCCUUGACAUGAUCGCUAAUGUUAGCGGCCAUUUGAAUCGACUUGACAGCGGCUUCGAUGACAUUGCCACGCAGACGGGAAUCGCGCGGAAUCGCUUAUCGCGGCUGAUCGCGCUCCACCGGGAGAACUUCUUGGUGUGCGCUUUGCUCGACGAGAAACACAGACAUAUGCGAGCGUCCAGCGGGAAAUCGAUAAGAAGAAGAAAACGACGAUUCGUCGUAUCGCACUAUCAUCGGUGAGCGAUUCGAGAAAUUCGUCGGAUAUAAUUCGUCGAAGAUGCCGAAAGCACUAGAUCAAUAUGUACCACCAAAUUAUGUAUUAAUUACGUUUAAUCUACGCUUUAUAUUUAAUGAGAAAUUUAAUGAGAAUAUUUUUCUCAAUAUCAACAAAGUAUAUAUAUAAAUACUUGAAUUUGUUUUAAGAAUACGCUUGGGCGCACGUACGAUAAUUCCUUCUACCGUGUGUAUUACAAUUGCUAAGCUUA